AUGGGCCAUUUCCCCGAUCGGCAUGUGGCCACAGUUAAGGCCACAUAUCGAAAAGAGAUUGUCACCGAUUCAGGGCGGUUGGAACUCAUCAUCACUGAUUGCAGUUCUCAGCUUCACCCUGGCAAGUUUGAAAACUUCGAUGCUAUAAUAUUCGUCUUCAGCACUCGGUCGAAAGUCUCCUUCACAUACGCCCGGGGGCUGCAAAACUUUCUGGCCUGGAUUAGCCGUCGAGGAAUCCUCAUCGUCCUGGUCGGGACGAAAACUGACAUUGAACCGAGGAAGGUCUAUGAUGAGGAGGGCGAGGCAUUCGCACAGCGCAUUGGUGCAGGUUACUACACCGUUUCCAACAAAAAUCCCGACAAUGCUGGGGCGCCAUUUCAACACCUCAUUUCUCAACACCAAGAACUCUACGCCACCGUUGAUACGUCUCCUUUUGAAAGCCGGCUGGCCUGGAUGCGAGGAUUCCUCCGCUGCGGAAGCUCGAGGAAGCCUAAAUGCGACUUGCGGCAGCUUCCAAGGCAAGGGCAGGAGAGUAGCGAAUGGAAACCAAGCACAUCCUAA